UUACACUCGUCAGCUGACAGUGAGGGAGGGAGGCGUCGUCCACCACACCAGACCCAAAAUGGACAAGUCUAUAACAUCAUUAUCACAAGACAAAAAAGAUGAACCUCAGAAAGAAGAAGAAGAAGAAGAGUCUGAGGAUGAAGACUCAGAGGAAGAGGAGGAACCUAAGCUGAAGUAUGAGAGGAUCUCGGGUGACCUGCGGGAGAUACUGAAGAAAGAUGGAGCAUCGUGUAUUGCUGCCAACUCUAAGUUAAUCAUCAUUGGAACAAACUGGGGACGCAUCCACGUGCUGGACCAUCUUGGCAACAAAGUGAAGGAGUUCGCCUCUCACACCAACCCCGUCACGAUGCUAGAUAUGGAUGGAAACGGCGACUACAUUGCCUCGUGUUCACAUGAUCGCAAGGUUGUCAUCCAAGGCUUAUACACAACAGAGAACUCACACAACCUUGUCAUGGACAGUCCUGUGCGGAGUGUGGCCCUAGAUCCAGCGUACUUCAAGCCUCGCUCUGGCCGCCGCUUCGUUGUAGGUACAAACAAGGUGAUUCUUUAUGAAAAGGCAUUAUUUGGGCAGCUACGGCCAACAGUCCUUAGCGAGAACAGUGGACCUGCCAGAGCCAUGAAGUGGGCGGGACAGUUUCUUGCUUGGGCCACUGACUCUGGGGUGAGAGUCAUGGACAUGAACACAAAGGCAGUCAUCACUCUGAUUAAACGGGACCACAGCUUAGCUCUGCCUUGUGAACAGUAUCCGCCACACCUGUGUUGGCCCGAUGACCGCACACUCAUAGUGGGUUGGGGAGACUCUGUCAAGGUGUGUCGGGUGAGGGAUCGUGCUAGCAAUCCUUCUCAGCUCUCCACCGGCCCUGUAGAUCUGCCGCCACACUACCUCGAGAUUGUUUACAUGUUCACAACCGACUUCUACGUGUGCGGUGUUGGGCCGCUGGAUGAGCACCUGGUGGUUCUGGCAUACAACAAACAGACUGACCUCUCCCUGGCCAGUCUUGGGGUAGACUCCCGCAGGCCACAGAUGCGUGUCCUGGAGCCCCUACAAGGAACAUUUGAGGAGAUAUCUAAGGAUGUGCUUGGCAUAAGGUGCUACCAGGAGUAUAAGCCAGCCAACUACCACCUGGAAUGUCUGGUGGAGGAGCGUCAGUUCUACAUUGUGUGUCCCCAGGAUGUGGUCGUCGCCAAACCACGCAGCGCCGAUGACCGCAUUGAGUGGUUGUUGGAGCAUGACAAGCACGCAGAAGCCCUGGAGGUGGUGCAGACGUCCAGGGAGGUGCACCGCUACACUCUGCUUAGUGUAGGCAGAGUGUACUUAGACCAUCUGAUCGCCUGCAGUAGUUUCCAGGACGCGGCUAAACUCUGCACACAAAUACUUGGCUCUGACAAGGCACUGUGGGAGGAGGCUGUGGUGAGGUUCAAUCGUGCCCGUCAGCUGCGUGUGUUAAGUCCACACCUGCCCCUUGGUCACGGCAUCAAUCUAGACCCAGCUGUGUAUCAAAUGGUCCUGCUUGACCUGCUCCAAACUGAUCAUCAGGGUUUUCUUCAAGUUGUGCAGGACUGGCCAGGUCACCUCUACAAUGUAUCAUUUGUCAUCAAUGCCGUCCUGGAGACCCUGGCCAGGAACACCAAUAACAUGACACUGCUCCAAGCCCUCGCUCACCUCUACUCAAAUAUUGACAAGCAUGAUAAAGCUCUGGCAAUCUACCUGAAAUUAAAACAUAAGGACGUUUUCCAUCUCAUUGGUCGUCACAAUCUGUACGGCUGUGUGGCAAAGCACGUGGUGGAACUCAUGUCCCUGGAUAUAUCUUCAACGCUGGACAUCUGCUGCCAACACGUUAAUAUUGUUCCACCAGACACUGUGGUGUUUGCGCUCUCUUCUCACCAAUACUUUCUCUACAGGUACCUGGAUGCUCUCUAUGAACAUCGUCGUGAACUGAGCAAAAAGUUCCACAGCCAGCUGGUGACACUGUAUGCAGACUUGGACAAGAAGAAACUGCUGCCAUUCCUGCUGGAGUCAUCUUCGUACGACCUCCGGGGUGCUCUUGACGACUGCCAGGCUCGCUGCCUCACUGUGGAAACCAUUAACCUACUCAAUCGAAUGGGUAGCAGUAUGCAGUCUCUGGAGCUGAUCUUGGAGGAGCAACACGACCUCCAGUGGGCCAUACGACUAUGUAAGGAGCACGAUGAUGUUGACCUCUGGGGCCGCCUUAUUAACUAUGCCUUAGAUAGACCAGAAUAUGUCCGUGAGUUACUGAACAACAUUGGCACACACAUUGACCCUUUGCUCAUAAUUAAUCAAAUUCCAAAGGGGAUGGAAAUUCCUGGACUCAGAGAUGCACUGGUUAAGAUUCUUCAUGAUUAUCAUCUACAGAUUGAACUCAGAACAGGCUGCCAGAGAAUUUUGGUGUCAGACAGUAGCAAUCUGCUUCAUAAACUCAUAUCUACUCAGAAUGCUGCCUUUCCUGUAUAUGGUGACACUGAGUGUGCUGCCUGCAACAAGAGAGUCCUCACCUCUGGUCGAGGAGAUAUGGCUGGCUUAACAGUGUUCGCUUGUCGACAUGUCUACCACAAUGACUGCAUGCCCGAAGACCCCGAAGAGCAGGAUGUGUGCUUAGUGUGCAGAAAUGACAAGAAGAGAUUGUUCCUAAUGUUGUGAGGUCGGCAUCCCAGACUGUUGCACAACAGUGGACACAAGGGAGCAUUUAGACACCAUCUGUGAUGCUCAAGUUCAUUACUGAUUAACACCCAUGAACACUUGGCAUUCUUAACAAUCAUCAACAUUCAUGGACGUUGACUGAUUGCUCCACAGUAGUUGGGCAGAGUUUGUCAGUGGGUCAAUAGCUGUGUGGCAACUCAAUCCUUCGCUACUCAGAUGAUAUGUAAAUUUUAACAUGGUUGUAUUAAACCAAAAAUGUUAACAUCUUUAGGGUUUGUGAUAUUAUUAAAGUUAAGUAAUAUUUGCACAUCAUGACUCUGUAUCUUACAGGACUUCCUACUACACAGCAGGUAUAUAUGUGAAGCAUCCCAUCCUCAUUCUGGUUUUAAUUUAUAUUUACAUUGAUCUUCUAACUGAUUCAGUCUAGUAAUAUACACAUACACACCAAGUAUCCUUCUAUCAUUAUGCAUUAUCAACCAUUUUCUUUACAAAGCAGAACAGUGAGGGAAAAGUUUAAGAUCUACCUCUGUUUAGUAUCCACUCUCUUGCUAUUUUUUAAUUCCACAACAGUUACUUAUAUUAAACAACCACAACCUGUUCUGUAAGGCAUUGUUACACGUGUGCUUCACUUUCUAUACAAUCCCUUCACCAUCUGUAACAACUUGAAACACAUACUCAACACAUUCCACAAAUUCUUCCUAUUGUUUUAGAAAUUAACUUUUUCCAUAUUAAUAAAAGUUUCUUAUAUG